UCGAGCAUGGGACACCUGAGAGUUUUAUCUAUACUGAUCGUCUCGAUCAUCUGUCAUCAAUUUUUAGGCGCUGCAGGUCACUCUCUGCCUGCCUGCCGGGAGCAGCUGGAGUUCAGGUGCAGCGAUGGUUCGUGCAUCCCGAGACUGAAGGUGUGUGAUGGACAAACCGACUGUGAGGAUGGAUCAGAUGAACACUACUGUGGUGAGCUGUUGUGUAAGAAGGAGGAAUUUUCCUGCAGCAGCAGCAGACGCUGCAUACCAACACGUUUCCUUUGUAAUGGCGUGGACGACUGCAGUGAUAGCAGUGAUGAGGCUUCCUGUCUGAACUGCACCGCUGGCUUCUUCUCCUGUGGGCCGUCUUACGCCUGCCUGCCUGGACAUAAACUGUGUGACGGGCAGACGGACUGCAAGGAUGGGCGGGAUGAGACCAAGAAUAUGUGUGGUUCUGCCCGGCCACACCCGCAGACCUCCUCCGAGUGUCCGGGGUCUCAGUUUCAGUGUGGAGACGGGAAGUGCAUCAUCCACAGCUGGAGGUGUGACAACUCAGCAGACUGCUCUGACGGCAGCGACGAGGACAACUGUGUUCAGAACGAGUGUCAGGUCGAUAACGGAGGCUGUUCCCAUCAGUGUAAGGACAUGCACAUGGGUUUCUACUGCGACUGCCCCGAGAACAUGAAGCUGAUCGGGGACAGUCAGUGUGAGGAGGUCAACACGUGCCUGGAGCAUGAUGUGUGCGACCAGCUGUGUGUUCACAUGAACAGCAGCCUCACCUGUGACUGCCGUGAGGGUUACCAGAUUACUCCAACAACCGGAGAGUGCAAGGCCAAAGGGGAAGGCGCCCAGCUAGUUUUCACUACUUGUAAAGAAAUACAAUGGACAAGCAUCACAGGCACAGAGUUUGGGCAACUGGCUCCACAUUUCCCAGGACUGGGGCCCGUGGCAGUCCUGGCCUCUAACCGCACACUGUACAGGGCCCGCCAAGGACGAGGAUCCAUAUAUAGGAUGUCCAUGGAUGGAAAGCAGGAUGCUGAGUUGGUGCUGAAAGUUCAAGGUUCAGUGUCAGGUCUGGCUGUGGACUGGAUCCACCAUCUCCUCUACUGGACCAGCAUGGAGGGUGGUUCUGUUAACGUCGGCCUGUUGGACGGCUCAGCACAGCGUCAGCUCUUAACAGGACUGGACAAGCCUUCUGCAGUGGCAGUGGAUCCUUUACAAGGGCUGCUCUUCUGGGCAGAGUGUGGCAGUUCCCCAAAAAUUGAGAGGGUGAGCUUGGAUGGCCGGAAUAGGACGGCUCUGGUUACUUCCUCAAUACGUCACCCUGUCGCCCUCACACUAGAUAUGCCUCGUCAGCUGCUGUACUGGGUUGACCAGGGGAUGAGAAGCAUCUCCAGAAUAAAUUUAGAAGGCCGUCACCGUAAAGUAGUGGUUGAAUCUAACGGUUAUCUGGACCGGCCCUUCGGAUUGGCUGUUUUUGAGGGAUACGUAUACUGGAGUGACGAAGUGACGCGCUCCAUCUGUCGAGCCAGCAAGCACAACGGCAUCCACCUCCAAGUACUGCAGACGAAUGUCACCUCCCCGGGCAGUGUGGUUUUUGUGCAUCCUGUACUGCAACCAACUGGGCAAGCUGUAUGCGGACAUACUGGGUUGGUUUGCCAGCAAAAGUGUGUCGUCAACCUGACUUCUGAGACUCCAGGCUUCAUCUGCACCCGCCUACAAACAGAAAAAAACAGAUCUGUGGAAAUCCCUGCCAUUUCUCGAACUGUUCCUGCCUCAGGUUUAACUGAUCCUGCAUUUGCUGGAAUUCUCUCUCUUAUCAUGUUCCUCAGUGUGCUGCUGGUGGGAAUGACUCUGUGGUGGUGGAGAGAGGAGUUCAGGCCUUCCAGGAGUCUGACUGCGCAGAGCUUCUCCCUCAAAGAGUCCCAGGACCCGCUCAUCCAGGCUGCACCCACAGCUCCAAACACAUGUCUCAUUAAGGAAACUCUUCUUAAGCUAGACUUUGACGGUGAAUGAAGAAGCUGUGACAUAGAUGGUCAGCUGACUGUGCUUUACCCAGUGCUGUCUCAACCCCCGCUGCGACCUCACGGCUGACAUGACAGCAAAACAACAAAACAAGUUCAUGACCGCGUCGUGUCCCAACUGCCUCGUGUGGUUAAGGUCACUUAAAGAAAGGACUUGGAUGAGGGAAAAGGCUUUCACACAGUAAUUUCUACUGUUUGUUUAAUUUAGAAGGAUUACUUUCAGCCCAGGUGGCUCCAGGUUACUUGUGGUUGUUGAUAAUGAUUGUUCCUGUUCACUCUGAAAAGUUGCAGCUGAACAAACAUUAAUCUAAUUUCUUGUGCUUUGAAUAUCAGUACAGAUACAUUUUUGCCUUAUUUCAUUUUUCAUACCCUCUUAUCAAGCAUUUAGUUCAACACGUUAUCAGCUAUGUUAGAGUUGUAGGUCUCCAAGACGAAAAAAUUAGUUGAUUGACAGAAAAAAAUAAUCAACUAUUUUCAUAAUUUGUUAUUAGUUUAAGUCAAAAUGCCAAACAUUUGCUGGUUGCAGCUCUUCAAAUGUGAAGAUUCUGCUUUUCUUUUACUUGAUUUUGCACUUUU